CUUGAUCACUGUUAUGCUCGCAUCUCUCUCUUUGUAGGGCCCUCAAGUAAGGUGACACUGAUGCUUUCACUUCUAGAUGUUGUGUUGUCCAUCCCAUACAACUUAUUCUCAGCUUUCACCGUCACUAGGUACUUAGUAUCCGGAAUAAGACCAGUGAGUUUUAUCACUGUAUCGUGUGCAAUAGCAUUCACACCAUCAAUGUUUGGUCCACCACCU